AUUGACUAAUUUAUAAUUACUUAAGCACUAAUGAGAAUCUAAAAGUAAAGUAGACACUAUCUAUAUAUAUAACAUAGUCUUAUUCUUGCUGCAUUACAAAGCAAUAGGCAAUUUUAGAAAACAAAUAAAUAAAUGUCGUCUAAAGUUGGUUCUCCUCUUUGCUUGAUAGUCUUCUUCUUCCUCUUCUUAACCUUCACAUAUGCAACAAAACCUGGCCAUGUUUCUUCCCCUAUCAUUUCAACCAAUACUCAAAAUGAGGUAUUGGAAGAUGAAAAGGUAGACAUAGAAGAAAAUUGUGAAGGUAUUAAUGAAGAUGAUUGUUUGAUGAGAAGAACACUUGCAGCUCAUACUGAUUAUAUCUACACACAAAAGCAAAAUCCAUAGCUUUAAACAUCGUUUUUUAUACAAUUAUAAGUUUUCAUAUGACAUUAUAUUUUGAACUUUGAAGAUUUAGAUAUGUACUGGUAAUAUGUUUUUUUUUUUUGUGUAUAUUAAUUUUGGUAGAUAAACAUUUUGAUAUAUUUUAAUCUAUACAUAAUUUAAGUUCUUUUUUGGGGGGUGGGGGUAGAAAUGUUUCCAGUUUUAUUAGCAAUAUAAAAGUAUAAGCUGUAAAGUUGGGACUUGUUUGGCACAUAGCCAACAAGAUGGAUCCAAAGUCACUUGUUUUGUAAAGUGAAUAAUAACUUUUGCAGGAGAAAGUAAAGCUAAAAAUUAUUGAUUA